CCCCGAUAGAGUUACUGCGGCAGGGGGGACACCCAAUUCCGCAGCGCGAUUUGUUGUAAGGUUGCGCACUCGGAAGGCGAGAACUCAGGCAGGCGUUCGCUCCUCGCCUACAGGACCGACCGACGGACGCCCCGUAGCGCGAUCACCAUGAGCGACAUGCGGCUGUUCAUCUACCGCAAUGAGGCGGGUUCUGAGGGCAAGGUGAUGAACCUCAAAUCCAAGGACAGUAUUGCGCGACUCAAGAAGGUGGCGAGCAAGAAACUGGGUGUGCGUGCCAAGCGUCUGUUCCUUGCUAGUGGCGCCGAGAUCUCGGAUGUGGACGAGCUGCAGAACAACGAUACGCUGUAUGUAUCACAGGGCGAGGCCUUCUACAAGUCCCUCGGCCCUGCAAACGGACAGGAGACUUUCCACAUGUCUGUGCUGGGUUCAGGUGGUGUGGGCAAGAGUGCACUCACACUGCGUUUCGUGAGAGAUUACUUCGUCAAAGACUGGGACCCUACGAUCGAGGACGCUUACAGGAAAGCUAUCACGGUGGACGAUGGACUCUGCAUGCUCGAGAUUUUGGAUACCGCAGGACAAGAUGACUUCGAGUCGCUGCGAGGGCAGUGGAUGAUGGACAAGGAUGGCUAUGUUUUUGUGUAUAGUAUGGACUCGCGAAUCUCGCUUCAUGAAUUGCAACCAUUUUUUGAUCUGCACCUCCAGAUCAACGAGAGUCGCCGUCCUCUGCCUCCUAUUAUCCUUGUGGCCAACAAGAAGGACGUGGUGGAUCGUGACCCGAGCAAGUGCCAAGUGAGCACGGAGGAAGGCCGACGGAUAGCACACUCGUACAACGCGCGCUACAUAGAGACGAGUGCGCUGACAGGUGCCAACGUGACGGCGGUAUUCGAGACGUUUGUGCGCGAGGUGCGUCGGAAGAAAGUGCCCAAGCAAAAGAAGAGCUCGUGUUCCAUUCUGUAGCUUCUACUGGAGUGCAAGACGAGAGGAUCGACGUCGUCUGUCGGUCGGUGUAGUAUCAUCUUCAUGUCCGUCAAGACCGAUUGCCGAUGGUGGACGAAGCGAGAACAGGACACCCGAGGUGCCAGUAUAGACACUACUAUUAGUAAAUAGACAGUAGCAGGACGGGGCAGGAAGGCUGCGACGACGAGUUAUCGCAGCAAGCGGGUGGGGCAGUGCAUUAUAGCGAGCAGGACGGCCAGCUAAUGUGAAUUUUCAUUUUUGACGACAA